AUGGAUUCUCCCAAAUCUGACUAUUACAAAAACCUUGAUGAGGUCCAAGGCAUUCUAAUGUAUAAAGAUUUUGUCAAAUAUUGGAAUGAUGUGGAAACAGUACAGGCAAGACCAGAUGAUGUUGUCAUUGUCACGUAUCCUAGAUCUGGCACCACUUGGGUUUCUGAAAUUGUAUACAUGAUCUAUAAAGAGGGUGAUGUGGAAAAGUGCAAAGAAGAUGCAAUUUUCAAUAGAAUACCUUUCCUGGAAUGCAGAUCAGACGAUGUGUAUAAUGGAGUGAAGCAAUUGAAACAGAUGGCAUCUCCUAGAGUGGUGAAGACUCACCUGCCAGCUGAACUUCUUCCAGUCUCCUUCUGGGAGAAAAACUGCAAGAUAAUUUAUGUUGCCCGGAAUGCCAAGGAUGUGGCUGUUUCAUAUUAUUAUUUCUUCAAAAUGGUAUCUGCAUAUCCAAAUCCUGGAUCUUUUCCAGAGUUUGUAGAGAAAUUCAUGAAUGCACAAGUUCCUUAUGGUUCCUGGUAUACACAUGUAACUUCUUGGUGGGAGAAGAGUAAGAAUCCACAAGUGUUAUUUAUUUUCUAUGAAGACAUGAAAGAGGAUAUCAAAAAAGAGGUUUUGAAACUGGUACAAUUCCUGGGGAGGAAGCCAUCAAAGGAGCUGGUGGACAAGAUUAUAAAGCACACUUUGUUUCAGGAGAUGAAGGAUAAUCCAUCCACUAAUUACACAAUUAUGCCAGAGGAAGUCAUGAAUCAAAAAGAGACAUCCUUCAUUAGAAAGGGGAUUACAGGUGAUUGGAAAAAUCACUUUACAGUAGCUCUCAAUGAAGUAUUUGAUAUGCAUUAUGAGCAGCAAAUGAAAGGGUCUUCACUGAAGUUUCGAACUGAGAUCUAA